UCUAUCUGAAGUGAUUACGUGUGCACGCUUUCAUCCUUCUCAAUGUCACUUAUUUGCCUAUUCAACCAGUCGUGGCGCCAUUCGCUUGUGUGAUAUGCGAGCGCGAGCCUUGUGCGAUAACCAUGUCUUGGCGUUUGAAGGUAACACUCUCGAGCGAGAUCUCGACUUUUUCUCCGAUAUCAUAGCGAGCCUUUCAGAUUUUCGAUUCGCCCAUGGUGGCCAACACCUCCUGACCCGCGAUUAUCUCACACUAAAAGUUACAUCACCACGGGCUCUUAUGGCAGUUUACUCCGCGUGUUCGAUCGCCACAGGUCCUCCAGUUGGCUGUAUGAUUUAAACGGUCAUGAUGUGACUGCCAUGGAUCCCGAAUCCCAUUAUCCGAUUUCUUUGCACCCCAAGCUGCUUAUCUCACUUGAUGAUCCCGUUGGUGUCUCUUUGGGGUUGUCAUCGAUUUGCGUCACUUCCAUGGGUGCCUUUCACUCGGUGUUUGACCACCUUACCACCACUAGUAAUGUCGGCAGCGCUUCCAACGGUAGACUCAACGACUCUACUAGGGAAUCGAAGCAUUUCGACUCAUAUCACCGCGCACCUCGAGAACUGCGGUUGAUUCCGAACUCGAAAGCUGUUUUUCGCCAUCACACACCGGGUCGAAGGGACUUCGAUUCAAACUAUUGUUCGAGUUCCGACAAUCCCGACGCGCUUCCCGAACCGAACUCUCAACGACGUCGACGAAAGCAGCAACUGCCCAGGUUGGAUGAGCCUAGUCGCGCAGAAUCCCGGUUCUCAGAAGAAAUGGUCGUCAGCUUCCAACCUGUUAAUGGUACCACACUUUCAAGCUCACUAGAUCAUUUUUCCCCCGACAAUUAUAGUUUCCCCUCCACUGAUAGCCAUGAGCCCGUCCAUGUGAUAUCUGUCCUUUGGAUUAUCAGCGCAAACUACUUUGCGUUGCUUGGCACCCACGAUCAUAUAGGAUAUGUGCAGCAUCAGCCUGCCAGUUGUACGUACUCGAAGGCACCCCAUCUCAGUCAUCCAUCGCAGCCACGGAGUCGGAGCUACAAGACAGUGAGAAGGUCGCAUCAAAUGAUAAAUCUUUCGCCUCGCAUGUGAGCCUCCUCAGACGCUCUCUAUCUUGCCAUCGGAUAGGUACCAUUUCCUCCAGAUCUGUGGUAGCUAAUAAACCUCAUCGGCUCAAAUCUCGCAGCGC